AUGUUAAAUCUUAGUUGUCACGAGGACGACUUUGGAAUAAAAGCGGCUUGGACAUUCACUAGCUCUGGUCACGGAAAAAGCGGAUGCGAUGGCUUAGGUGCGGUUGUUAAAUCGGGCGGUCGAAAACAUUCACUUAAGGGUGGUUCUGAGGCCGCGUUUACCACUGCCAAAGAUUUUUACGCCUUUGCGUUGAAGAAAUACAGUCGUGCGCCGCACCAGCCGAAAGUCACACAUUCGAAUGAAUCAUCUGAUGCUAGUUCUAUCACUACCAAUGAUGAAUUGACAGAUGACGAGAUGGAUACUAUUAGUACAAAUUCCAAAAGCUCGAUCGAAGUACGGUGGUUGGAUGCAGACGAAGUCGAAGAAACGUUCGAACAACAUUUGAAGAACCGGUGGAAAAAGCUAUCAGGAAAAAAUCGAAUCGUAGGUAUUCGUUCCUUUCAUCAGUUCGAUGUUCUUUCAACCGGCGUGAUGGCAUGCAAAUCUACGUCAGUAUCCCUUGAUUCAAAGAUUUUCCAUUUUGAUCAGCAAUGCAAUAAACAUUAUAAUUCACUUGUGAAACGAUUACUUAAUUCAGACGAUUUUUCCAUUGAUGUGUUUCUGAUUGUGGAAUUAAGCAACAACUUACAUCUCGCCCGAAUCAAUCGCAAUGGUCUUUAUAAUAACCAGAUUCAAACCUUGAUUUAUUUACCGUCGUUGCCAGCAAAGAAACUUUCUACCUCCAAAUCGUCCAUUACCCUCAUUUCAAUCAAUAACGUUGUUGGUUCUUUAAAUCAGCCUCCGAUGCAAAUCACAGCAAACAAAGUAACACUUUCCAAUGAACAACUUGCUUCCAUUCAAGAUAUUUGUGAUGAGCUUUGA